GCCAAGGAGGAAGUUACUCUGCCGACAGUUCCAAGCUCGCCUCGAUCUCAGAUACGAAAUAAACAAAAACAUCUCGAAAGAAUCUCGAAUAUCGUUUAAUGUGAGCACUUCAGACCACAUUUGACAAUGGGAGAAACCAUUGAAGGUCUGAAUUUGGUCCUCCUGGGAAAGACAGGAGCGGGAAAGAGUGCAUCAGGAAACACAAUACUGGGAGAACAAGCUUUCAUAUCAAGGAAAAGCCCCAAAUCUGUCACACAAGAUAUUUCUAAGAAAUCUAGUAAUGUCGGCGGAUGCCCAGUCACCGUUUAUGACACACCAGGAUACUUUGACACUGAUCUGACUGAGGAUGAGAUUCAGUUAAAAUAUCAGGGCAUUUUUCAGGAUUGUGAAUCAGGUCCCUGUGUGUUUCUGCUGGUCAUCAAAACUGACAGAUUCACUGAUAAAGAGAGAGAAACUGUGGAGAAGAUUGAGGAGCUGUUAGGAGAAGAGCGCUUGAAGAAAACCUGGAUUCUCUUCACUGGAGGAGAUCAACUGGAGGAUGAAAACAUUACAAUAACGGAAUUCAUCAGUGAGACUGAACCACUGAAGAAACUCGUUCAGAAAUAUGAUCAGAGAUACCAUGUGCUCAACAACAAGAAGAGAGAACACUCUGGACAAGUUAAAUUCCUGAUUAACAAGAUCGGGACAUUCUUUAAGACAAUGGGAGCCAAGAUAAAUCCACUGAUGAGAAAAUUAUCAAAGAAAGCUGAACAAGACGCUCCAGUCUCCAGUCCCUCAUCCAGACGGAUUGUUCUUCUGGGUAAAAGUGGAGUUGGGAAGAGUGCAGCUGGAAACACAAUACUGGGACAGAGAGAGUUUAUAUCUGUGAUGAGAAUGAAUUCAGUAACCAGUGAAUGUUCAGUUGCUCACGCCACUGUUUCAGGCAGAUCUGUGUCUGUAGUUGAUACUCCUGGAUUCUUUGACACAAAGAUGAUGCCUGAAGAGUUAAUGACAGAGAUAGCGAGAAGUGUUUAUCUAUCCAGUCCUGGACCGCACGCUUUUAUCAUCGUGUUUCCUGUGAAUAUGAGAUUCACUGAACAGGAGCAGCAGAUUCUUCAGAUGAUUGAGAUGUUGUUUGGAGAAGAAGUGUUAAAAUACUCCAUCAUUCUCUUCACUCAUGGAGAUGAGCUAGAUGGAAAGUCUGUAGAGAAACUCAUUCAGGAGAGUAGUAGAUUAAGAGAUCUAGUUGAUCAGUGUGGAGGCAGAUUUCACGUCUUCAACAAUAGAGAUGUGAAUAACAGAGAUCAGGUGAAUGAUCUACUGAAGAAGAUUGACACAAUGAUAGAGCAGAAUGGAGGAGGACACUACAGUAAUCAGAUGUAUGAAGAUGCUCACAGAUUCAGACGAGAGGAAGAAGAGAAAAAGCAACAAGAGGACAAAAGAAGUGAAGAGAUUGAGAAAGUGAGAAAGGAGACAGAGGAGAGACUCAGAGCAGAGUUUGAAGCUAAACGGAAGUCAAAACUAGAAAGUCUUCAAGCACCGACACAGAGUGAGAACAAUAAGACAAAAAAACAAGAGGAACAACAACAACCAAAACAAGAACCGAGUGGGUUUAAGAGAUUUUUGUCCAAGUUUCGGAAUUUUUUUCAAAGGAUAGUGAACUGGUUUUGGUCUGUUUUUAAAUGACUUCGCAGAGAUCUCUGAUGCCAGAAAUAUUAGACUUUAUUCACAAACAAAGGCGAGCGACAUCUGCAGACCAGUCGCUCCCUCUCAGCGGCUUAUCUUCUCCAUAUAUACCUUUCAUCUUGCCCCAGGCUGGCCCCAAUCGGCCUUUCAUUAUAUAGAAAUACAUAUGUCAUAGAGCUAUGGCAUGCGUUCAUGAGAGUCGAGGCGAUAUCAUGAAUGAAUCUUCUGCAGCAGUUCGGCUGGCAUGAAUGAAUCUUUCUAAUCCGAACAGCAGCACUGGCACAGAGACACCUGCAUCAGCACAGUCAGAGACAUCAGUCAAAUAUCAUAAAAGACUGCCAUAUCUGUCCGAAAGAACAGAAGGUUUAAUACACACAAAUAUCGAAAUGAAAUGAGUCUUUCGAGUUGAAUCUUUUUGAAUGAUUUGAAUGCGAUUAAAAGCUACCAAGAGGUAAAGCUCUUCAGUGAUUAUGAUGACUUAAAUUGCAGUUUGUUUGUCACAUAAAGCUAUCAUAUUCAUAAAUAACGAUAUUAAUAUAAGGGAGGAGUCGUAUUAGAUCCCUUUUAUGAUACUUUUGUGAUGCUUUUUUAUUUACUCAUUCACUUUCAUUACAUCGACAAGAAGAGUCUCCAUUAGGCUGCUGUCCCUUUGUCUUCCACAGAAAGUAAACUUAAGAAUUUGCACAUGAAGGUGUGUAACGUUAGUUAAAUGACGGCAGAAUUAUCCUUUUUGGAAGAACUUGUCCUUUAAUAUGCAUUUCAAGGCUGAGAUCGUAUGCAGAGCUAACAUUACUUACACAAAAUAACAUCUAAAGUGCAUGUGGGGAAGAGACAAUAUCUUUAUGAACUUCAGAAAAAUAUUUAUUACAAUUAGGUAGGUAUUAACUAACAGACAGACAGACAGUUAUGUUCAAAAUAACUCCAACUCUAAUAACUCACCAUGAUAAAGUGCAUUUAAACAGAUCCAACAAAUAAAAUGAAGAAAAAAAAUUAUCUGUCGAUGUCUGUUUGUAUAAUGUUGUUCCACUGAGAGUAGGCUAUAAUUGAAAUAUAAAUAAACCACAAACCAGCAACAUGAGACUUCAAGUCUUUUAAAUAAAUGAUUUUCUCUUCUCUCUUCUUUUGCUAUAAAAUAAAAUACCAGUUCAGGGUUCCUCUUUCGGCUAUUGUUGCAGCCAACUGCACAACAUUGCAGGCAUGAUUGAGACCGUCGGUCGCAAAGAUGGCGCCGCAAAGCUACAGUGACGUCAGGUGAACCGAAUAAAUAGCUGCUUACAGUUAAUGCUUAAUGCUACAGUUAAUCUAAUCAUUGUUUUUGUUUUUGCUCUUCUGAUGAUUUUCAGCUUUUACUUUCUGCAAAUUGUGUAGUUGUGUAUAGCGAUAUGACCUUCAUUCUUCGCCAAAGAUGGAUAAAAAGGCGCAUAUGAAA